UUGCCUCACCUGACAUGGAGGAGAGGAGCGUCCAUGUUUCACGUUAUGUAUCCCUCUGACGUUGCAACCGGCGAAAUGUUACUUAAGCAACUUUUAUAGCUCAGCUCAGCGCUGAAAAAGUCAUCGGAUCAUCAGAUAAACCCAUCGGAGGAAACAGAGGACAUAAUGGCUCUCAGAGGUGUUGUCACCCGUCUGCUCUCCAACAGCCAAAAAUGUGCUGCUGUCACUGCAUCCAGAGCUCAGGGCACAGCUGCUACAGCUGUCAAAGAUGCUGAGGAAAUCAAAAAGCCAGCGAAGGCACCCAAGGUGCCAUUCAACUGGCGGGACGCCCUGGAUCUGGAGGGUCAGCUGACAGAGGAGGAGAUCAUGAUCCGGGACUCCUUUCGCGACUACUGCCAGGAAAAGCUCAUGCCCCGCAUCCUAAUGGCUAACAGACAUGAACAUUUCCACCGUGAGAUUGUCUCAGAGAUGGGCGAGUUGGGCGUCUUAGGCCCAACUAUUAAAGGGUACGGCUGUGCAGGCACUAGUUAUGUGGCAUACGGCUUGAUUGCCAGAGAGGUUGAGAGAGUGGACAGCGGGUAUCGGUCAGUCAUGAGUGUCCAGUCUUCACUGGUCAUGCACCCUAUCAAUGCUUACGGCACAGAGGCACAGAGGGAGAAGUACCUGCCUCGUCUCGCUCGUGGAGAAAUCCUGGGCUGCUUUGGCUUGACAGAGCCCAACCACGGCAGUGAUCCCAGCAGUAUGGAGACCAAGGCCAAAUACAACCCGUCCAGUGGCACCUUUAGCAUCAGUGGAGCCAAGACCUGGAUCACAAAUUCCCCUGUGGCAGACAUCGCAGUGGUGUGGGCAAAGUGUGAAGAUGGCAAGGUGCGGGGUUUCAUCUUGGAACGUGGAAUGAAGGGUUUCGCCACUCCCAAGAUUGAGGGCAAGUUCUCGCUGAGGGCGUCUGCCACCGGCAUGAUCCUGAUGGAUGAAGUGGAAGUUCCCCAGGAGAACCUACUGCCCAACAUCUCUGGUCUUGGUGGUCCCUUUGGCUGUUUGAACAACGCCCGGUAAGGCAUUGCAUGGGGAGCUCUGGGAGCUGCUGAAUUCUGCUUCCACGCUGCGCGACAGUACACUCUGGACAGAAUCCAGUUUGGGGUGCCGCUGGCCAGGAACCAGCUGAUGCAGAAGAAAAUGGCUGAUAUGCUGACAGAGAUCACCCUUGGGCUGCAGUCAUGUCUGACCCUGGGGAGACUUAUUGAUGAGAAGAAAUCAGCACCAGAGAUGAUCUCCAUGCUGAAGAGGAAUAGCUGUGGCAAGGCUUUGGAUAUUGCCAGACAAGCCAGAGACAUGCUGGGAGGAAACGGCAUUGCAGAUGAGUACCACAUAAUCCGUCACGUAAUGAACCUGGAGGCCGUCAACACAUACGAGGGAACUCAUGACAUUCAUGCCUUGAUCCUGGGCAGAGCCAUCACUGGACUGCAGUCUUUCACUGUCGGAAAGUAAAAGUUCUCCACCAUCUUCUUGAAAUGGACUUUAAGUGGACUAGUCCUGUGCUGCCUGUUCCUGUUCACCUUAUUGGAUGAACGUAGAGACCUUGAAGUGCACUUAAUCCGCCUCACAUUAUGAGAUUUGCCUGGUGGGAUAAAUCACAAAUACCUCAUACAUUUAUAUGUUUUCAGUCUAGUGAUAGGAGCCGUCUGCCACUCCCUCUUUUUGGUACGUUUGGUGAAUAUGUAAGGUUAACCUAACUGAGCAUUGGGUCCAACUAUGAUGACAUUUGUACAGUUAAAAUGCCUGAAUUAUACGCCAGGCACAGACAAGGCAUGGUGCAUGUAAUUGUUGUGGCAUUAUGAGUUGGUUUAUUUUGUGGUAAGUGAGUAAUAUGUAAAUAAAUGGUUUUGAAUGAGUGAAAGGAUAUGAGUGUAGCUGAGAUUUAGUAUGUAUAGAUCCCUUAAUACAGUCCCCAUUUAAAUUAAA